AGCAUCUCCGAUCGGAGAUAGAUGCUUUUAGAAAACAAAUGGUGUCCUUGUGACCUCGGACAAUAUCCAAAACGUCCCUGUGGUAUUUUUGGGAUCAAUCUAUCUCGCAAUAACCCAAGAGAAACGCGAAGAACAAACAACGAACAAUGAUCUUCAUUUUUCUCUCACUUCUCCUUCUCGUUGCUUUACUCUACAAGUUCCUCACUUCUGAUGGGGAUUUCACUUUGAUGUCAAAGAGGCAUGCAAAGCGUGAAGAAAUUGAAGAUAAGGUUGUUUGGAUUACUGGAGCCAGCCGUGGAAUAGGUGAGGUUCUUGCUAAACAACUGGCAAGUUUAGGUGCCAAACUAAUUCUUUCAUCACGGAAUGAAGCAGAAUUGGAGCGUGUCAAGAACCAACUUACUGGUAAACAUGCACCUGGUGAAGUAAAGAUUAUACCUUUGGAUUUGGCAUCAGGUGAAGAGUUUCUUAAGGAGGCUGUAGAGAAAGCAGAGUCCUUUUUCUCUGGUGCUGGUGUUGAUUAUAUGAUCCACAAUGCAGCUUAUGAACGACCAAAAUCAACAGCUUUGGAUGUGAAUGAGGAAAGUCUCAAGGCUACAUUCAACAUCAAUGUCCUUGGGCCAAUAUCUCUCACACGACUAUUGGCAUCUUCUAUGCUGAGCCGGGGGCGGGGUCAUUUUGUUGUGAUGAGCAGUGCUGCAGGCAAGACACCUACCCCGGGUCAGGCCAUAUACUCUGCUUCAAAAUUUGCUCUAAAUGGAUACUUUCAUUCCUUGCGUUCUGAGCUCUGUCAGAAAGGGAUUAAGGUGACCAUUGUUUGUCCUGGGCCAAUAGAAACGUCAAAUGGUUUUGGAUCGACAACCUCAGGAAAGAAAGGUACUUUUGAGAGGAGAGUGUCGUCAGAAAGGUGUGCAGAACUGACAAUUAUUGCGGCAACCCAUGGUUUAAAGGAAGUUUGGAUAUCAGACCAGCCUGUGCUAGCUGUUCUGUAUUUAGUGCAGUACAUGCCAACUGUUGGGUAUUGGCUCAUGGACAAGAUUGGUGGAAAUCGAUUAGCAGCUGCUGCACAAAAAGGCAAUACAUACUCUUUGAGCUUAUUGUUUGGGAAAAAGAAAGCAACCUGAAUUGUUACUGCAGGUUGAUAUCUCUUCUGUUUUAUGUACUAGUUUGCGACAACAAUACAAGCCCUUCCAAUGGAAGAUUUGUAAUACAACCCAAUAAUUCACAUCCUUGUCAGUAUAUAUUGUCAGAAUUGUUCUAUCAACGAAAAUCCUCAACUUGAGUCAAAAAGGAUAUCAAGGAAAAUAUAUAACAUUUGCGUAACAGCUGAUACUGGUGUACCUGUUUAAUUUCAAAAGUUACGAAGCUACUUUUUAUUUUC